UUUCAGAUCCCGGCUCCAAAAUGCCAAUUACAGCAGCAGCAGCAGCAGUUGCCGAAAACACCAAUCGCAGUGCCUAAAAAGAAGAGCGUUUGCUCAGUGCUGGCUGCAGCAAUCGACUCUAAAACCCGCAACAGCAUGUGUCCCAAUGACAGCGCUCCCUCGCUGCAGCCCUUGUUACCACAAAGAUGGGACUCGCUAUUCGACAGCGAAGCGGGGAGCGACGUUACCUUCCUGGUGGGGCCACACCCCGAGACAUGGCGCUUCCCCGGCCACCGGGCCAUCCUCUCUGACGCCAACCCCGUCUUCCGGGCGAUGCUCAACGGACCCCUGGCCGACUCCGGUCCCACCGUCGCCAUUCACGAUGUUGAUGGACGUGCCUUCGAUCAUUUGUUGAGGUUUUUGUACAGAGAAGACGUGCACCUGCAAUCAGUAUCGACUGCACUGGCGACUCUGUACGCGGCGCACAAGUACCUGUGCGCAGGUCUGAUGCGCACCUGCAUCACCUACCUGGACGACCACCUGACGGCGGCAACGGUGCUGCAGAUCUACCAGCACAUCCGCAUGUAUUGCGACGUGCACCCGGCGCGCCGGAAACCUGAGGAGAAGUGGGAGGCGUCGGCGCCCCCCCUCGACGACAACAUCCACAUGAUGACCUGUCUCUGCUCCGACCUGCACCACAACUGCCUGCAGUUCAUCGACGCCCACGCCGACAAGGUGCUGGCCGAGGAGAGUGUGGAGGACGUGACACUGGAAGCACUCAGGGAGAUCAGUCAGAGGGACUCGCUGAUGCUCUCCUCGGAGGCGGUGCUGUUCUCGGCUCUGGAGCGCUGGUGCAACCGCGAGUGCAAGCGGUGCCAGCUUGAGCUGUCGGCUGAGAAUCGGCGAUCGGUACUCGGAGAGGAGCUGCUCUUCUCCGUCAGAUACCUGCUGAUGACGUCACAGCAAUUCCUGUCUGGCCCAAUGCAGAGCGGUCUGCUCGACCAAUACGAGACGACCGUCCUGCUCGGCCACAUCCUCAACUCUCCCGUCUCGGCCAGUGCGCAGACUCUCACUCAGUCGGUCCUCGACCACCUCAAGCGGUCCCGCCGGCUGUCAUGUGAUGCUCCCAUCGUGCUUAGCGACAGGUCCGCUCUGGCACUCAAAACAAACCUCAAAACUAACAAAAAGAAUUCUAAAACAAAAAAGAAAAGCAAACAGAAAAAGCAGAAAGAGACUGAUGGUUCCCCUAAAAAGAAAUGCACCAGCUCGUGCUUUUUCGAGUAUGUUAUUGGGGCCCUAGCUUGCCUAUUCGAUUGACUCCCACCUAAAUCAUCAAUUAUUAUCAUACUAGACUGUGUUAGCUUCAAGCCGCCGCAUCUACUCUCAAACGUAAUAUUUACAAUGAGAUUUUUUAUUCCUAUUAGGGUAAAUAUUAGAGAAUUCGUUUAGAAUUAUAUUUUAUUUUAAUUUGUGGUUCCUAGGUUUGAAAAUUUUUAGUUGCUGUAGCAAAUUGUGAUCCAAGUGGCAGCAAUUCGUAUUUCCAGUGGAUUAAUACAAUUGUUGUAUUGAGAGAAUAGAUUCCAACUGGGAAAGAUAAUGAAUGAAUUUAUGAAAAGAAAGUCUACAUUCGGUAUGUCUUUGAUAAGUUCAACCACAAAAGGAGGAGCCCGUCCUUUCGGGUAAUAUGUUCUUUCAUUAGCGGUUAAACGGACUGCACUUCCUUCUUAUUUAUCUAGAACUGAAAAUUUUGUAUCUCAUUGUGAUUUUUAAAUUUCUCAAGUUGGGAAUUGCUAUUUCUGUUUGCUUCUAAAUACCCCCUCUAGAAUAAAAUAGUAUAAUAUUUGAAUCGACCAAAGCAUUAAAUACUUUUAGCUUCUAAUGAUAAUUAGUUGAUAUCUAUUGCAUAUACUAACUAACGAAACAAAUUCUGACGAACUUGAUUCACUUGGAUACCAUUAGUGCUUGUAGGAUUUCUGGUAAAAACAUUGUAAUAUUCUGAGCAAAGCCAAUAAUAAGAAAUGCACAACUUAGACUAAAAAAUAUAUAUUAUCAAUUAGUUAAUGCUUUUGAAACUAUAAUUAGUAGUGCCUUCCACAACUAUAGCAUUUUUUGAAAGUAUUGUAAUUGUUCAGCCAAUAGUCAAAUAGUUUAAGAUAAUACUACCCAGAGUGAGAUGGAAUAGUUUAAAAUGAACAUUCUAUGAUAAUUGAACGGAAUGUUGUCCUAUAUAGUAGGCCUAUACAGAAUUUUAAAAUAUUGUUUCAGAUUUUAGAAUGUUGUUGCAGAUCGGAACCACUCGAUGAAUUUAAAAUUUCAAAUAACUUACUUUUCAAAAUACAAUUCUCUGACAAAAAAAAACAAUAAAUGACUAUGGGUUGACAAAAAUUAAUCGUUAGCAUUUCUAUCGACUCAGGAAAUUAAUUUUAUAGCAGAAUGAAGAAUAUUAAGAUAUGAGACAAAACCAAAAGUAUUUUAUAAAUGGAUUUCCUUUAAGAUCAAUAUUUCAUUUUUCUCAAUAUUCAUGAUUUAUUUCUGUCAUCACUAAAUUGUUUUUGGAACCGUGUUGUAAGAGACAGAUGCUAUUUAUGAGAGGUAUGAGUUUUCCAUCUGGAGAGAACGCGGUGAUAUAUAACUCUUCAAAUGGCUUAGAAUGUAAUGUAUUCUUAAAAUAUAUUUUAAAAGCAAAACCUUGGUAUGCAUAGGUUUAAAAAUGUUGUCAGUCAACUGUGCGUACAGCAGUAUAAACAAUCACUCGUUAUUUUCUAAAGCAAGUGACAUCAAAUGACUCACUAAAGAAAACAGUUUGUUCUUGUUAAUUGUUAUAAAUAUUAUAAAAGAUUUUAUUUCGGUGCUAUCACCAUUCGUUUUAAAACUUGUUGUAAAUGUUGGUUCAUAGAAUGCUUAAUCUGUAUGGUAAAAUUGAUAUAUUAUUCUUCAAUCCAUUAUGAUAAUGUAAUUAUGAAAUUUGUUGGUGACAUCCAAUUAUCUAUUUUCAACAAAUUGAGCUAUUUUUAUAAAUUUGGCAGUUCGCAGUUCAUAUUGGAAACAGUACUUUUGCCUUA